UGUGGUUUUCGUGCAUUUAAACCUUCAGUCGAAAAGCCCAGCCAGCCUGCUAGAGUCGACCUGAAAGGCUGGAACUCUGUAGUCUCUACUCACUCGUUGUCUUGCCUUGCUUCGUGCUACAAAUUUCGUGCUUCAUCUCCACCUCCUCUCAUGGCGGCUAGUCUCUCGACCGCCACGGCCUCCGAAUCCUUGCGGUUCCUCCCUCUCACCCACCUUGCUUCGAAACCCAAUUUCACCCCAUUUUUCAGCCCUUCAAUCCGCUUCCGAAACAAAAUUUUCAAUAAGAUUUCGAAGAGACCAAGCUUAGCGAUCUGUUUUGUGGUGGAGGACAAGAAACAGGGCGUCCCCCAGAUCGAGGCUCAAAACGAGAAGGAAGAAAACUCGGAGCAUUCCAUUCCCCAGAUCUUGACCCCUCGCGUCGCUGAACGAUUAGCUAGAAAGGAAUCGGAGCGGUUCACGUAUCUCGUUGCAGCUGUCAUGUCCAGUUUUGGGAUCACUUCCAUGGCUGUCAUGGCGGUUUAUUCCAGGUUCGCUUGGCAAAUGGAGGGCGGAGAGGUUCCUCUGUCUGAAAUGUUUGGUACAUUUGCCCUCUCUGUUGGUGCUGCUGUGGGUAUGGAAUUUUGGGCACGAUGGGCGCACAGGGCUCUCUGGCACGCCUCCUUGUGGCAUAUGCACGAGUCUCACCACAAACCAAGAGAAGGCCCGUUUGAACUAAACGAUGUGUUCGCCAUUAUCAACGCAGUGCCAGCCAUAGCUCUUCUCUCAUAUGGUUUCUUUCACAAAGGCCUUGUCCCCGGCUUGUGUUUUGGUGCUGGGCUUGGAAUUACAGUGUUUGGUAUGGCCUACAUGUUUGUCCACGAUGGUCUCGUUCACAAGAGAUUCCCAGUGGGUCCCAUUGCCAACGUGCCUUAUUUCAGUAGAGUUGCUGCAGCUCACCAGCUUCACCACUCGGACAAAUUCAAUGGUGUCCCAUAUGGGUUGUUUCUUGGACCAAAGGAACUCGCGGAGGUGGGAGGAGUAGAAGAGUUGGAGAAAGAGAUCAAGCGAAGAACCAAGUCAUAUAAGAGUUAAGGAUCCAUUAGUCUCCAUGGGUGACUAGUUUUGGACCAAAUUACAGUGUAGAGAAACUAUCAAGUCUAUUGGGCAAUGAGAAAAUUGAUCUUUGAUGUAAGAUUUAGGUGGAAAAGCAUUUGAAAUUAGGCUGGAAAAGAGGUUUCAUUCUCUUUCUUGUUGAAUUGUGUAUUGAGUUUUGAGUCCAAUAGCACUAAAAAAAAAUAUGUGUGGUGGGUGGUAUGUAUCUGCCACAUAAUGGUGUGUGCUUGAUGCUUGUACAGACUUACGCAGUUGACUAAAAAUGUUGUUAUAACAAGGAUUAGUUGUAGAAGUAACAAUAU